AUGCUCUACCUCAUAAACUACUUAGGAGUUGCGGCUUUCACAAACCUCCGGCUAUAUGGGAUCUCUGCCAAGGACUGGAAGUUCUUGCUUGUAGUAGGACCCCUCACUCUCACCAUUCCCGUCAUCCUCCUGGUCGAGACUGCAUCAUAUACUGCCUACCAGGCCGGCCCCUCCAUUGGUUGCCAAUACGAUUACCAGUAUUCCUCGCAGAUUGUUACACAGCCUCGCAGCUUGACGACUGCUACCGUGUCCACCGCCAUUGCGGCCAACGCCAUCCUCGUCAUAGUCACUUGGGUCAAGACGUUCUCCAUCGUCAAGGUUUCAAUACAAUUUCAUGUCCGGACAUCUCUUGCAAGGGUCCUCAUGAGGGAUGGCACCCUCUACUUUAUCUUUACGGCCAUCAUCCUCUCUCAGUUCAUGCUCAAUCUCCGGGGGAUCUAUUUUACGGACUCGUAUAGUGGAGAUUCAGUGGAUGCGGGCACACUCAGCUUCCGCGGGCUCCCUGGAUUCCGGGUGACGUCUUCUAAUGUUGUCGGCAACCUGGGCGCAACAGUCAGGACUAGGCCACAUAGCCACUAUCAGGUGCCGGCGCAGUAUGAACAGGAACAUGAAGGGGAGGAGGCCGAGUUCUCGGAUGAUCCGUUCAGAGAAGGGAUGUUGGAAGGCGCCUUAGUCACAGAGGGGGAGCUCAUGGCCGGAAUCUCUAUGAACGGUGCUCUGAGCCUGUGA